CCCCGCUUCACUGAAGGAGUUUAUUUGAGAGCACCGCACGAAAAUCCUCAGUUGAUCAACCAUGGCUUGGCGGUGAACACGUAGGAUAUCCUUGGAACAAAAUGAGCGAUCCGAAAGAAAACGGGCAAUGUUUAAAACCUGGCCUGGGCUGUUUCGUGAUUGCGUGGAUUUCCGUAGCCACGAUCGCUCUGAUUCUGUCGUAUUUCAUCGCACGCUCUAAUGGAGACGUUUCGUUCGUUGUUCCGUCGAUAAGUGACACAACAUACAAAGACCCCGAAGGAGCAAUUUUCGCCGAGUUCUUCAAUGCCACGGCAAUUCUAACUCUGGUCAUGAUGGCUGUUCGAUAUUUCCAGGUCAAAAUGAUCAAUAGAGAAAUAGAAGGCAGCAAAUCGUCUCCUCUAUCACAACUCAACUUACUGAGUAACGUCUUCGGUCUCGGAAGUGCCUUGGGAGUGUCUGUUGUCGCAAAUUUCAGAUCUCGUGAGGUAAUACUAUCUUAAUAAGAUCCUUACUAAAAUCAGCCAUAACGCUGAAGACAUAUUUUUUUUUCGUUAAGCUUCCUUUAAUAUGGUUUUUCCACAGUUGUUGAUUUGUGCCUGUUCGAGCGCGCUUAAUGUAAAUCAGAGUCACUUGGCCGCGUUCUAACACAUUACCACUUUCAAUUUACGAAUUUUCCUUCAGAAAGCAAUUUUUUUCCCUCUACCACGAUUCUCUUUAUGGCUUUGAGAUAAUUAAAUCCCUUACUUCAUUCUUAUCAGUAAAAUCUUUCUGCAACUUAAGUUACGCUACAAAGAUUGGUGUAAUUACGAAAACCAAAGCGCCAUCAGAAAUCGAACAUAAUUAUUCGUUUCGUCUCUUUGCGUUUGGCCGCGAAUCGAGUCCAAAAUGGCUAAGCAUUUUCAGGGUCUACAACUAUACUUUCGCCUCUUUAACAUUGAACCUACCCAGUAAGCGCGAACAAUAUGACAAAAUGAAAAAAUAUUCAAGUUCUGUUUAUGUUAACACUUGUUAAUCACUUUUGCAUGAAUUAAGUUUUCUAUAGUGGUUUGUUUGGUAGUUCAGAUCCUCUACAUGUGUUACUCGCCACUCUACUAAGUAUGAAAAAGUAAGGGUUUUUCUUCUAAGCUGUGGAUUUUCUUCGCUAUACUUUGUAUAUGUUCUAUAUGAGAAAUUUAGACUGAUUCUUUGAAGGACUAGACAAGAACAGGUUUCUGGUUUCUUUCUGACGUGUGCGUUUCAGCGCCAAAUCGAGAAAGGGAAAAUGCCUUCCAGCACUUUCAUACUUUUUCAAAAUUUUUUUUGUCUUCGCGUAGCCUAGAAACCGUACGUCGUUGCAAAGAAUUUUUAGAGUACAUAACUCAAAGAACAAAUACAUUCUAAUUCCUUUAUAAUCGAUUUAAUGCCGAAAAUGUUUCCUUCUCUUAGUGGAUCGUAUUCUAAUAAGGUGGAAUUCACACCUCAAACAGAGAAAAACAAAGAGCAAAUUUGUCGUUGAUUAGUGCUCAAUUUUAAUGGUUCGUUUUAAAGCAUUUCACCGAUCGAAUCCCACUUUUUAUUCAUUUCACGUAGGUGCUAAUGUAUAAAAUUUUAGGUUUUCCAAAGUUCAUUAUCUUUGAGACCGCUUCCAAGGUUUCUAAUGGCUAUAGUUGGUAUAAUUUCCGCACAGCCCCAUCCUACAUUAUGCAUUCAGUUCUUGAACAGAGAAAACAAUGACAAAAAUAAUACAUUUCCAUUGGGAAAACAGAUUUGAUUUACAAUAGUAUGGGGCUAUGCGGAAAUUUUAACUAUCGUUCUCCUCAAAACAUUAGUUUCUGGUUUCUUUACACAAUUGGUUCUAAAAAUUGUAGAAAUUUCAUCUUGGCUGAGUGAAAAGCUUUCCUUUAACAAUGUUUUGAAUUUUUAGAAUUUUUCAGCAAUGUUCCUUCAAGUACGAAAAGCAAUUAAAAGCGUGCCUUUCGUAGAUUAACCCAACAAAGUUUAAUCUUUUCCCACAACCCGAACCUUUUGGAAAUUCUCACCACUCAAUGAGAGAGAUCUUGACUAAAUUUCUCCCCUGUGACCUUUAUAGUUGCAGUGCUUUAAUUUCUUGAAGGAAUUUUAAUUGACGCAUUAACAGUAUCCUUCCGUCAUUUAAAAAGCCCUCCAGUGAGAAUCCGGUUCUCACCAACAAACAGGAAAGAAUAAAACUCGACGAAUCGCUGACCCGUGUUUACAAAAUACCGCUCGGGAUGCGGCAAAACAAGGCACAGCAGAAUAUAUCUCACAAUUAGAUACUGAGAGCGAAUAAUUAUAUCACGCAGAGGAAUCGAGAACGAGUAAUUGAAUUGUUUUCGUGUACAUCUCCUAGGCCUCCAAAUCUUUACUUUGAGACAAGCUCAACCUAGGAAGAGGUUUACGAGUACCGAAGCAAAGCAGAUUGUAGCGUGUGUAUAGAACACUAGAAGAUUCCUAUAAAACCGAAACAGAGUGGCCUCAAAGCAAAGAAUAUUAAUUAUUUUCGAUUCUUUGUCUUAAGCAUCUGUAGGGAAGCUUUUUGUCGGAACGAAAAUAGCAGAAAUCAGCGUGAAUAUCUCUGAUGUAGACAAUAUACAAUAUCGACGGUCUAGUAGACGUUGUAAACAGAAAUUGAACGAACCUCAACCGGCUGAAUUAAUGAGUGGGGGAGGGGUGGGAGGGAGCUAGCAUGAAAUAUUUGAGAUUCAAAAUGCACAAAAUAAUUUCCUCCAAUGAAUGAAGCAUAUAAUAUGGCUUUCCAUGGUUAAAACGCCUAUCCCAUUAAAUUGACCAAUUACAGCGCAUGCACUAAUUGGGAGAUAUGAGAGAGGAUAAUGACUGUAAAUAUUUGAAAAUAGGUAUGUGCCCUGCGGUGAAGAAACGAAUAUAAGCGAUCCUCGUAGCAAUGAACACUUCUGAACUAGUAGUUGAAAUAAGACCUGAAAAAAUUUUAGGCCCGUACCCGAAUUUUUUUCAGGUCUUAUUCCAACUACUAGUUAAGUAGUGUUCAUAGCUGCGAGGAUCGCUUAUAUUCGUUAUAGUAGACGAAUUUGGAUACUGAUAUAACUUGUAUUACAGUCCUUUGCAUAAUCAUUAGCAUACUAUUUCAACAUCAAUAUUUGGCAAUUGGUUUGUAUUUUCAAGUUUUUUUUCAGGGAAGGGGCGUUAUAUGCGCUGCAAUACUCUCGUUUCUCCGUCCCCCGGGAGAUUUGAGGCGAGUCGGGGAGAAUUUUGCCGCGGGUCUGGCACCCAUAAGGAGGUAAUAAGACCUCGUGUCGUCCAAUUCUGUCUGUAAUCAUACUCAUGAUUGACAAAUCGGACUCCCGCUUCGCGGUCAUCCGAUUUUGUUAAUCACUCCUAUGAUUACAGACGGAAUUAGACUCCACUCGGUCCUGUUACCAUUAUUAACUAAAAUUUAGUUUUUUAUUAAUUUUCGUGGUGCUUCUCAUGAUUUUUAGCGGGAAAUGUUUCUAUCUUCCAGGUUGAUAAUCCCUUGUCGGCUGUGCAUAUAAUUGGAGCUGUGCUUCUUUUUGUCAGCGGUGCUGCCUACUGUUGGACCCAGACCUUUAUCACCUAUCAGCUUACCAAGUUUAAUGUGAACACUAAAACUAUGUUUUUGGUGCGCCUAGUCAUUUCAAGUCUUCUUUCAUUGAGUGUCUUAAUAUUCUUGGUCUGCGGUGGAUUUGACAGCCGUACUUCAAUAAUUAAACCUAUCGAGAUCGCUGGGAAUGUAGCCGAAUGGAUCGCUGCCUGGUGUUUUGGUGCGUUUGGAAUUUCGUUCUGUAAAGAAUUCCAAAAACUUUCCCUAAAUAUUCAAUGUAUUCCUAAGUGUAGCGGUAAGAAUAGCGAUGCACUUAAGUAUUCUACCAUUCCUGUCACUGGAGCAGAUGAAAACACCACGGACAGUGAAUGACGUCACGUGAGUUACGUGGUCUCGCCAUCGGCGAGUCUCACUAGUCGGAAGUUAACAAUUUCCAAUGACAUUUAGUCCUUAAAGACAGUUUAAAUUUUCAGGAAAGAAUUCAACUUAAUUUCCUAGGAUUAGCGUAAUAGUAUGUUUCAGGGGAAAAUAUUGCUAUUUGCUUGUACAGUUCGACAGAAGAAUAAGAUGACAAAAUUGGUCUAGAAUUCAAAAUCUAAGGCAUCAGUAGGUAACCUGCUGGUUAUAAAUCCUUAAGUUAUUUUAUUAUGUCGUCUUGAGAGUAGUUAAUAAAUUACAUUAUGUUCAUUCACGGGAACAGCUUCACAAGCGAGAAAGAACUGGAAGGAUCUUUAUGAUUGGUUACCGGAGAAAAAUAAAGUUUGUUUUGAAAUAACAUUUUCUGAAUCACCAUAACAUUUAUACGAUCAUUGCUGUUGCAGGGAACAAAACCCCAAGGGUUCCUUGGACAAUUACUUUCAUUGUAACGACAGAAUUCUUUGCUCUUCCAGAUCUCAAUCCAAAGUUAGGUUUGCUUGAGUCGUCUAAAUUUGGAUAGUAGCUUUUAUUGUCAGCGAAGAAAUAUUUAAUCAUACUUUUGUUUUCAUUUGGAUCAUAUAAAUGGAAGAGUUGAAUUUUACUUUGCAAAAUGCGUAUUUUCUUUAAUAGUGAGAAUUUUAAUUGAUCAGCAAACAUAAUUUCCCGAAGAAAACAUGAGAAAUGAUUCUUUUGUUUAAUCGAUUCAGA